AUGACGUUCUACGCCGGUGGCCCAGGAUCAGGAAAGACAACCUGGGGCAUUCGACUUCUCCGCACACUAGGCAGGUACAACGCAGCAUGCUCGGUCCACAGCAACGACCUCUGUGACGACGCGGCAAACAAACUGGGAGCCACAUGCCGGAACUCCAGAGUCGCUAGAGCAUACAGGCACGAACGCAUGCUCCGCGCAUUGACGGGACAGCUCGAAUACAGUCAAGUGGUGCCUUCGACCAUGAGCUCACAGUACUCCCAAGCGCAGCGACAAGUGAUCAGGACUGUCACGGACAUCGAAGACACAGCCAGACAGGAAAACCCACUCGCCCGUGCGGACUCACUUGUCAGCCUCGCUCUGUCAAUCGCGAAGAAUAACCCAGACUUUGAUGAGUUCAACGCACUGAGAACCAGCGCCCGCAAGACAGACGAAGAACUCAGCCGCCUCACCAUUGAAGCCAACCGACUGCUUGCAUACGCACUCGUCCAAGUCAACAUCCUCGUGGGCACCCCGGUCGCAUUGGGCUCCAUCGCACGCGCAUCCAAGCUUGAGCAUAAAGACCUAGGUAGAUGGAACCCGCACAUCAUCUUCAUGGACGAAACCGGUCGAAUGCCUGAAUCCCAAUUCUACAUUCCCAUGGCCUUUUUCAAGCCAACCUGGGUCAUCGCAGCAGGGGAUACGCAGCAGUUCAAACCGAUGUCAAAGAGCAUGGACUUGAAUGGUGAGAGGGAGACAGGCUUCAACCUUCGAAGCAUCAUCGCUAAAGUCCAGACCGAGCAACUUCUCGGCAGACCCAUUGAUCAGCAACCUGACCCUGCCUACGAUGAUGAGAUCAAGCACAUUGACGAGGCUCAAACCAUCGCUCAGUUCGAAGUCGGUCACGAAACUCAGACUCAGACCAACCGGAAGGAGAAUGUUGAUCAGGACUGGGAGACCGAGACCGAUAGCCUUGAUUAG